AUGAAAGAGCUAGACUGGGCACGCCAAAUCCAAGAGAACAUUGAAGAGCUCCAUGAAAAAAACGAGAAAAACAUAAAGGAAUUCCAUGUAAAGGUAAGGGAGACUCUUCUUGACGAAGAUGGGGAAAAGUCUUCCUUCUUCAUCUGUAGAAUCGGCGACAGAGUUAAUAUACACUGGAAGUUUGAUAUCGACUAUGAUAUCAUUUUCAGUUUUAUUUUGAUUCUUAAAUCAAUAAUGUUGGGUAUCUUUAAAAUGGAAAGCAAGUAUUUUAGCUUUUGCAUUCUUAUGACUGCAAUAGUCUUCUCAUGGAUUGAAGCAGUUGAAAGGCUUCAUGCUUCAUACAGAAGAAACCCUGAUAUUCGCAAACUUCUUGAAUUCAAGAACUUAAUAUCAGUAUUUCAAAUAGCUUUUGGGAUCAUUUUAACUACCCAUCUUCUCUACAUACAAGAAGAAGAAUCCUCGAAAAGAGAUGCGAGGAUCUAUAGCCUAAUGGUUUCGUUGGUGUAUCUCUUUAGAUGCACAUGGAAAUCGUCGUUUUUCUUACAAAGUGAUGAUAUUUAUCAAUUUCUUUAUCCAACAGCUCUUACUAUAAUGUUCUUCAUGGCAUUCCUUUCGUGGAGAAAUAAGACUAUGCUAUAUGAUAUUCCUUGUGCAUUAAUUUCUAUCUUGAUAGCUCUCAAAAAUUAUGUUGGAAAGCCAGUCUCUCUAGAGAAGGAAGGCAUAAAUCUCCUUUCUAUAAUCUUCUGCAGUUUAUUUAUGCUUGGAAUACUCGCAACAGUAUAUACCGCCAGUGGAUUUUUCAAGAUUUUCAUUCCUCGACUUUUUUAA